AUGACCCAAAAGACUAUACAGCAGGUCCCAAGACAGGGCUUAGAGUUACUGGCCAGCACGCAGGACCUUGCCCAGCUCUGCUACAUCUAUGGCGAGCCUGCCGAGGGAGAGGAUUCGACCGCCGACGAGUCCAUUAUUAAUACGCCGCAGUGUAGCACAAUUCCAGAGGUAGCGGUAGAGCCGGAAGUUCAGCCAAUACCGGACACGCCGCUGACCGCAAUAUUCAUCAUUAGGGCUCUGGUCGCCCGUAAGCUCCGCAGGUCGGAAACCGAGAUUGACCCCAGUCGCUCAAUCAAAGAGCUGUGUGGCGGCAAGUCCACACUACAGAAUGAACUGAUUGGCGAGCUGGGCAAUGAGUUCCAGACCUCUCUCCCUGAUCGCGCGGAGGACGUCUCCCUAGCGGACUUGGAUGCUGCCCUGGGCGAGGUCUCGCUAGGACCCACGUCGGUUUCUCUUCUGCAGAGAGUUUUCACGGCGAAGAUGCCGGCCCGCAUGACAGUGUCGAAUGUGCGUGAGCGUUUGGCCGAAAUCUGGGGCCUUGGAUUUCAUCGACAAACUGCAGUCUUGGUGGCCGCACUUGCGGCUGAGCCUCACUCCCGACUCACCUCCUUGGAGGCGGCAUAUCAGUAUUGGGACGGUUUGACCGAGGCCUACGGGCAGUCAUUGGGUCUUUUCUUGCGGAAAGCUAUCUCACAGCAAGCUGCACGGAGUGACGACCAAGGCGCUCAAGCUAUAGCCCCUGCAGACUCGCUCGGGUCUAAGGAUCUUGCACGAAAGCAGUACGAGGCUCUUCGCGAGUACCUAGGGAUACGGACCCCAACUACGAAACAGGAUGGUCUAGAUCUUGCAGACCUACAGCAGAAGCUGGACUGCUGGACUGCCGAAUUUUCGGACGACUUCCUCAGCCAGAUUUCGCGUCGCUUCGACGCACGAAAGACGCGCUGGUACCGCGACUGGUGGAACUCGGCGCGCCAGGAGCUUCUGACAAUCUGCCAAAAUAGUAAUGUACAAUGGACAGACAAAAUGCGUGAGCACUUUGUCCAGCGCGCUGAGGAAGGCCUUGUUGAGAUUGCUCGGGCACAUUCACUCGCGAAACCCCUUGUGCCGGACCUCAUCCAGGCCAUUUCUCUCCCUCCUGUCGUCCGGCUAGGGCGUUUGGCGACCAUGAUGCCACGGACGGUGGUGACCCUUAAGGGGGAGAUUCAAUGCGAGGAACAUGAACGGGAGCCUUCUUGCUUUGUGGAGUUCUUCAGCAGCUGGAUCCAGGCAAACAACAUUCGAUGCACCAUACAAUCUAAUGGGGAAGACCUCACAUCAGUAUUCAUCAACAGUCUGGUACAUGCCAGUCAACAAGGGGUUUCUUUUGCCAACCACACAUACCUUAUAACAGGGGCGGGACCAGGAUCGAUCGGCCAACAUAUCGUCCGUCGCUUGUUAACAGGUGGUGCCAGGGUCAUUGUAACCACGAGCCGCGAGCCAUUGCCUGCCGCUGCCUUCUUCAAGGAGCUGUAUAGUAAGUGUGGAAAUCGCGGAUCGCAGUUACAUCUAGUGCCUUUCAAUCAGGCCAGCGUUGUGGACUGUGAGCGUCUGAUUGGCUACAUUUACGAUGACUUGGGGCUGGAUCUAGAUGCGAUCCUCCCCUUUGCUGCCACAAGCCAGGUGGGAGCUGAAAUCGACGGACUGGAUGCCAGUAAUGAAGCAGCGUUUCGACUGAUGCUGGUGAAUGUACUACGUCUUGUAGGGUUCGUGGUAUCUCAAAAAAGGCGUAGAGGUAUUUCCUGCCGACCAACCCAAGUCGUGCUGCCUCUGUCUCCUAACCAUGGCAUCUUGGGUGGUGACGGUCUCUACGCGGAGUCCAAACGCGGGCUUGAGACAUUAAUACAGCGGUUCCAUUCAGAGUCAUGGAAGGAAGAGCUCUCAAUAUGUGGCGUCAGCAUCGGCUGGACCCGGUCAACGGGCUUGAUGGCGGCCAACGACCUUGUUGCUGAGACGGCAGAGAAACAAGGCCGCGUGCUGACAUUCUCUGUUGAUGAGAUGGGAGACCUCAUCUCACUGUUAUUAACUCCGCAGUUAGCCACCCGCUGCGAAGAUGCCCCUGUCAUGGCGGACUUUUCUGGAAAUCUCUCGUGUUGGCGCGAUGCCUCUGCUCAGCUUGCUGCUGCCCGUGCAAGCCUUCGUGAGCGCGCUGACACUGCCCGAGCUCUAGCACAGGAGGACGAACGAGAAUACCGUUGCCGACGCGCAGGAAGUACUCAAGAACCAGUGGACCAAAGAGUCUCGCUCCAUCUCGGGUUCCCAUCACUCCCUGAGUAUGACCCACUGCUACACCCAGAUCUCGUGCCUGCUGAUGCAGUGGUUGUUGUCGGCUUCGCUGAGCUGGGCCCAUGGGGAAGCGCGCGGAUUCGGUGGGAAAUGGAGUCGCGCGGGUGUCUUUCUCCUGCAGGAUACGUGGAGACGGCAUGGCUAAUGAAUCUCAUACGGCAUGUUGACAACGUCAAUUACGUCGGAUGGGUGGAUGGGGAAGAUGGGAAGCCCGUUGCAGAUGCUGAUAUUCCAAAACGAUACGGCGAGCGGAUCCUAUCGAAUGCAGGCAUACGUUCACUGCCAUCUGACAAUCGAGAGGUUUUCCAGGAGAUCGUGCUUGAACAAGACUUGCCGUCAUUUGAGACUACACGGGAAAAUGCCGAAGCUCUGCAGCAACGGCACGGCGAUAUGGUGCAAGUCAGCACACUCAAAAACGGCUUGUGUCUAGUUCAGCUACAGCACGGCGCAACAAUCCGCGUUCCCAAAUCCAUCAUGUCUCCUCCAGGUGUUGCCGGCCAACUGCCGACAGGCUGGUCGCCAGAACGGUACGGGAUUCCAGCGGAAAUCGUGCAGCAAGUUGACCCCGUUGCCCUUGUGCUGCUCUGCUGUGUAGCGGAGGCUUUCUACAGUGCCGGCAUUUCCGAUCCAAUGGAGAUAUUUGAGCACAUUCAUCUAUCGGAACUGGGCAACUUUGUAGGCUCCUCAAUGGGUGGGGUGGUGAACACCCGAGCGCUAUAUCACGACGUCUGCCUUGAUAAGGAUGUGCAAUCCGACGCACUGCAGGAGACAUAUCUCAACACUGCACCGGCGUGGGUGAAUAUGUUGUAUCUGGGUGCAGCUGGUCCAAUCAAGACUCCUGUAGGCGCGUGUGCAACUGCUUUGGAAUCAGUUGACUCCGCCGUAGAAUCUAUCAAAGCCGGUCAGACAAAGAUCUGCCUUGUCGGUGGCUAUGACGACCUUCAGCCUGAGGAGUCAGCAGGCUUUGCCCGCAUGAAGGCUACGGUUUCUGUCAGAGAUGAGCAGGCGCGCGGCCGCGAGCCCGGCGAGAUGUCGCGUCCUACAGCGGCCUCUCGCUCUGGGUUCGUGGAAUCCCAAGGCUGCGGUGUCCAGCUUCUUUGUCGCGGGGAUGUGGCGUUAGCAAUGGGUUUGCCUAUUUACGGCAUCAUCGCUGGCACUGGCAUGGCCUCAGACGGGAUUGGUCGCUCCGUGCCUGCUCCCGGACAAGGCAUCCUCACUUUUGCACAGGAAGAUGCUCAGAACCCUGCCCCGAUCCGGACAGCGCUCGCGCGCUGGGGGUUAGGGAUCGACGAUAUCACCGUGGCCUCACUGCAUGCGACCUCGACACCAGCAAACGACACCAACGAACCUCUCGUGAUUCAGCGGGAAAUGACUCACCUUGGCCGCACCUCCGGCCGUCCUCUGUGGGCGAUCUGUCAAAAAUUUGUGACCGGCCAUCCAAAAGCCCCCGCAGCAGCGUGGAUGUUGAACGGGUGUCUCCAGGUGCUCGAUACCGGUCUUGUGCCGGGCAACCGAAACGCAGACGACGUCGAUCCUGCUCUCCGAUCGUUCAGUCAUCUGUGUUUCCCAAUCCGUUCAAUACAGACCGAUGGCAUCAAGGCAUUCUUGCUGAAUUCGUGCGGUUUCGGACAGAAGGAGGCGCAGCUUGUGGGUGUUCAUCCUCGAUACUUUUUGGGUCUACUCUCAGAGCCAGAGUUCGAAGAAUACAGAACCCGACGGCAACUUCGCAUCGCAGGAGCUGAACGAGCCUAUAUCAGCGCGAUGAUGACAAAUUCCAUUGUCUGCGUGCAGUCACACCCUCCCUUUGGUCCCGCAGAGAUGCACUCCAUCCUACUGGAUCCUUCUGCUCGUAUAUGCCUGGAUUCAUCCACCAAUUCCUACCGCGUCACAAAAGCGUCCACUCCAGUUUAUACGGGCUUCCAGAGGCCUCACGACAAACGUGAAGAUCCUCGUCCGUCAACGAUCGGCGUCGAUACCGUAACCUUGAGCAGUUUCAAUGCGCACGAGAACGCCAUCUUCCUGCAGCGCAACUACACCGAGCGCGAACGCCAGUCCCUGCAACUACAGAGCCAUCGCAGCUUCCGGUCCGCAGUCGCGAGUGGCUGGUGCGCCAAAGAAGCCGUUUUCAAAUGCUUACAGACGGUAUCCAAGGGCGCAGGGGCGGCGAUGAGCGAGAUCGAGAUUGUGCGCGUACAAGGGGCUCCGUCUGUGUUACACGGCGAUGCACUUGCUGCAGCGCAAAAGGCUGGUUUGGAUAAUAUCCAGCUAAGUCUGAGCUAUGGUGAUGAUUGUGUGGUCGCGGUUGCUUUAGGUGUACGCAAGUGGUGUCUUUGGCCGUUGGCCUCUAUCAUCCGUUAA